CAACCAAGUGCUUUCACUCACUUAACAGAUGCAAAAUCAAAUCCACUUCAAACACUGUUUAUUGAGUAUACAGAUGAUCUGCCAGAGUACCCAAGAACACAUAUACAUGGGUAUACCUAUAUUGUAUCUGUUGUUGGCCGAUUACAAGAAGCAGAACAUCUAAUACAAGAUCCAAGUCUUCGUACACUAUAUCACACUUACCUUGAUGAGACUGCAUGGGAGGAAAUCCAGAGUAUUCGAAAGAAUAUUGAUUUGAUUGAAAGGGACAUCCGAAAGCGAAAUGCAUAUAGUCUUUAUCGGUCAAAGAAGACAUUCUUUCAAAAAGGCCAUGCAUGUCUUGAGCAACUCCCAACCUGUGCACCAAGAUUUAGAAGGCACUUUUAUCCUAACGUGAACAAUGAAUACCAUCCAUAUAUUGGAUGUGUACAUGGAACAGCAGACUUUCUUCAAAAACAUCAUUACAGCUCGGUUAAAGGCCAUACUUCAAUUGAUAUUGACUUCCUAGAGCAGUUGUUCAAUGAUUCGAUCCUGCCAUCUCAGGAAGAGUGCGCUGUUAUUGAGCCACUAACAUCUCGUCGAAAGUAUUGUGUUGAUCCUCAAGAUUGUCCUUAUGUUGUCUUCACAUCUCAGGGAAUCCAUAAACAUCCUCCUCCUCCUCCACAUAAGCCACCAGAGCUUAUUCUAAGAGGGGUUCAGAACAUAAUUAGGCAGAUGAGAAACCCAAGCCUAACUCGAGCUCAAUUUCUGCGAAGUCCAGAACUAGAGGCUUUUUGUUCUCAGUAUAAUGCCUCUACACCUGCGGAAAUACACACAUCUUUUUCAAAUCUAGAUCGCAUCUCUGCUAUCAUACAGAAACAACGACUGCUGUCAUACCCAGCUGGUCAGGGCUACAAUGGGGUCUUGUAUAUAUAUAAUACAAAUCCAUUUAUCAGGGAAUACAUUCAAGAGAAGUAUUUUGAUAGUGAGGGUAUAAUGAUUCUGUGUGCUUUUAAAGAGCAAAUCCAGCUCUUGAGUCAAUUAUCUUCUUUUGAAGUUGACAUGUCAUACAAACGAAUUCGAGAAAAAGAGAUAAAUGAAGUUGUAUUUGCAACUUAUCUUCAUGAACAUGGAAAAAUCAUCACCCUUUUCCGAGUUUUCACAAAUCAGGAAACAACUGAGGGCUAUUAUCUCCUGUUUAAGAGAGUAUUCUCUCUUAUUCAAAAGGUCACUGGAGAUGCUAUUAAGUUUAGUUCUAUACAUUCCACUGGAAUAUAUGGUAUUGUUGUGGACAUGGAUACUAAACAGUAUACUGGCCUUGGGCGCUUCCUUCAAGAAAUUGAUCCUCUCCGCCGACCGAUACUCUGGCAAUUAAAGGGAAUAAUUAUUUUUUGCCGUGUUCAUUUUUUUCGAACUAUCACUGAAGCAGUGGGGAAUAAUAAUAGAGGGUCAGGAAUAUGGAAUCGAAUGGCAGCUCUGAUUGACUGCAAGUCUGAAGAUGAUUAUGAUCAGUUGUGUGAUUUAUUGAUCAUUCAUGAAGAGCCAAAGGUACAGGCUUGGGCAGAGCAUAAGAGGCAACCAAUUAUUAAAGCUGGCCUUAAUAAAAGCUGCUCUAAUAUUCCUGCCUCUAUCUAUGAUUCAAUUCGGAAUCAUACUAAUUCAGCUGAACAAUCUCAUCACAAGGCUAAUGCAGCAGGAAAGCGAUUGACAUUAGUAGCAGCAAUCCAAAAUUCUGCAAAACUUGAUAAACAUGAUGUUCUUCAAUAUAUAAAUCGGACUCGCUUUGGGAUUCACCAUUCAUAUCGAACAGCAAAUAUGGAAGUUAAUUAUUUACGACACAUGGCACGGGAAGUUACUAACCAGUUACAAACUAGUUCUGCCUCAUCCACUUCACAAAGCCUUCGUCGGAUCUCCUCGCAGAAUAUAUUGAAUAUUGAGCAACAACGGCAAGCUUUAGAGCUCCGUGAGUUUGAGCUUCAAUUGAAGGAUAAAGAGGAAGAAAUACGAGAGAAACAGCUCCAAAACCAGGCAAAACAACUUCUAAAUGAAGAAAAAGAGUUGGAACUUAUGGAACGGCGAGCAAAACUACAGCAAAUAGAUAAUGAUAUCUAA